UGGUACUGCGUAAUAUUUGUGAUUUUUAGGUUGGUAGUUCGGAAGUGUGGUUAAUUUAAGAUGGCUGUCAUCGACGUUUUCUUUUUCUGAUGUCCAAAUAAACUUUAAACUUUUACAUUUUCUUCAGUUUUUAGUAUGUUUUUUUAUUAAAAGUAUUUUUUAGUUCCUUAGUGAAAGUUAAAAGGUGUAACAAGCAGUAGUUACAAAUAUUUAGAAGAUUAUAUUAAGUAGGGUAAAUAAAAAUUGAGAUCAGAAAGAUGUGGUCCCAACAAAAUUAUUCCUUAAACAAUAAGGAAAACAAGUCAGACGACAGAACAUUAGGGAUGACUUCGGCGAUUUCUGCCGCUCCCCCAAAAGAAAUAGACCUAGUAAGGACCAAGGAACUUGAAUUAGCACUUAUACCUUUCGAUGUUUUUGAAACAAAAGAGGAACUGGACCAUCGCCUUUUCAUUUUGGGGAAGUUAUACACGCUGGUUAAGGAAUGGAUCAAAGACUUGUCAAUAAAAAACAACAUGCCAGAAAGUAUAGCGGAAAGUGUAGGAGGUAAAGUUUAUACUUUUGGAAGUUACAGACUUGGAGUUCACAAUAAAGGCGCGGAUAUAGACGCACUUUGUGUAGCCCCAAAACAUAUAUCAAGAUACGAUUUUUUUCAUUCAUUCUAUGAGUUACUUAAGAAGCAGCCAGAAGUGACAGAAUUGAGAGCUGUCGAGGAGGCUUUUGUACCUGUUAUUAAAAUGAAUUUUGAUGGAAUAGAAAUCGAUAUGUUGUUUGCCAGAUUGUUGCAAAAAGAAAUACCGGAUUCAAUGGACCUGAGAGAUGAUAAUUUGUUAAAAAAUCUCGAUCAGAAGUGUGUCAGAAGCUUGAACGGUUGCAGGGUGACUGAUGAAAUACUUCGAUUAGUUCCAAACAUUGAUAAUUUUAGAUUAACUCUUAGAGCUAUUAAGCUGUGGGCAAAGAAACACGGGAUCUAUAGUAAUGUUCUAGGCUACCUGGGAGGUGUGUCGUGGGCAAUGUUGGUUGCUAGAACUUGCCAGUUGUAUCCUAAUGCAGCUCCGGCAACGUUAGUUUAUAAGUUCUUUUUAAUUUUCUCAAAAUGGCAGUGGCCGCAACCUGUGCUUCUCACUCAACCGGCUAAUGUUAGUUUAGGAUUUAGCACAUGGGACCCCAGGGUGAAUGUUCAAGAUAGGUACCACCUUAUGCCGAUAAUCACGCCGGCGUACCCGCAACAAAACUCCACGUUUAACGUGUCUCAAUCGACCCGAGCCAUAAUGAUGGAGGAAUUCAAGUUAGGGCUCCAGAUAACCGACGAUAUAAUGCUGGGCAAGACGCUGUGGGACAAAUUGUUCGAACCUCCUCAAUUUUUUAUGAAAUAUAAACACUUUAUUGUUUUGAUAGUGGGAUCGGCCGCGGCAAACGACCAUUUGGAGUGGACGGGUCUGGUUGAAAGCAAAAUCAGGUUUUUAAUUCAAACGUUGGAGCGCAACGAGGCGAUAACGCUGGCUCACAUCAACCCGGAAUGCUUUUCCAUGCCCGAGUCGCAAAGAGAUCCCAAAUCACUCUGUUCUAUGUGGUUUAUCGGAUUAGAAUUUAAGGAAAAGAAGGGGCUGAACAUAGAUUUAACGAGAGAUAUUCAACAAUUCACGGAAACGGUAAACAAAUCGGCUUUGAGCAUACAGAUGUAUAAAGCGACGAUGAAUUUGGAAGCCAGACACGUUCGAAGAAGAGAAUUGCAUCAAUACCUUCCUCCUGGCGUUAUAAAGAGGGAGCGGAAGUCUAGCAUUACAAGUAACAAAAAUGGCACUCAACCCAACCCUGAAUUGCGCAAGAGACCAUCCACCGAACCUGCCGACGACUUGGCUGCGAACAAAAAGAGCAGACUAUCCGGUGACGUUAACUCUUUCGAUGACAGUUCCAAUAACUCACUGAAUGGUGAUGACUCCUGUAGCAGUACGGGCGCCGAUACAACAGCGUCUAGUAGUACCAGUCCGCUUAAAAUACCCACAAUGCCUAAAGUACCCCCAACUGGAACCCAAGAGGCCGUCUGCACGUGAGACUGGUUACCAUGGUUGACUUGGCCUACUCAGCGUCGAAAGUAAGGUACAAGCGGUGUAAGAUUGCGCAUACGUCUCCGACAGAGGCGCAGAUUUUUUUUACUCUAUCGGUAUAAUUGAGUAAGUAGUUCGCAUCUAAAGUGUUUUAAUGCCACUCUACAUUAAAACACUGUAGCUUGUAUCAACAGAAUUCCUUUCUAGGACAAACAAAUUCAAUCUCACCAAUGUACAUACAACUCAAUUCGCAAAUUCGCUGGAUCAUUACAAAAAAAAGUCGCGAAAUUUCGAUAGUAAAAUAUUAUCGCAAGUGUGCAAUUAUUUUUCUUGUGUCUAAAAUUUAUUUUUUUUCUAUUUUUAUAGCGUGGUUUUUGUCUGCGUGCGUGAAUGUGAAUUGGAGUGUUUUUUUUUCGUGAUCGUGAGUUCUAUAUGAAAGAGAAAAAUCUUUUUGUUACAGAUUAUAUUCGUUUAAUUAUGUAUCUGAAUAUUUUUGUGUGGACUAGUUUCUAAGAUAAAUUCGAUAUAGAGAUAUGUUUAUAGUAUCAAAUUAAUAUUACUGUGUUGCGGUAAUAUUUUACUCGUUCACGUAUAAACUAUCGAACGGAUGACGGUUUCAAUUCAAAACGAAUUUUAAGCAGCGCCUUAAGUAGGAUAUAUUAUUAUGUAUAUUUAUAUAUUUUUAUUUUUUGAUAAGUUCGUUUGAUUUUUUUUCAAUGUCUGCCUCCCGAGGUGGUUGAAGAGGAUCUAUACUCGAACGAAAUGUAGUAAUAUAUUAUUUUCUCGGUUCUGAACGUGUUCAGAGCCGCGACGAAUUAGAACAGAGCAAGAAAACGGGGAAAGUAUCACUGUUUAAAGUUCAUUUUGAUCGGCAACGGGCGCGCUAUAUCCUUCGAAACGUAGCUUUAAGUUAUUUGUUAGAAAUUGAUAUUCUAAUAGGUGUAUUCAGUGUCUCUUGUAAAGCAAUCGUCAAGACGAAAAUAAAGUAUUUUCCCCAUCA